GAGAGAGACAGCUUUACCAGAAUCCCAACCCAAUCAAAAUGCUUCAACGGAGACACUAUUGCCUACAAAUCCUUCACUGAUUUUCGUUUCAAUUUGAAUUUAAUUUAUCUAUUUUAGCUUCUCUUCUUCUUCGACUCAUCUACCCUUUGGCUUUCAAUGAACGAAGUGAUCACAGCCGGUGAUGCGUCAUCGAGCUUUCGAUCGGCGUCAUCUGAGCCGUCCGUCAUCCCCUCUAAUACCAUUCUACUCUGUGCCUUCCUCGCCUUGGCCAUCGCUCAGUUUCUCAAGCCUUUCACCUCCUGGUACAAGGAUAGGAAAUGGGACUCUAGAAAGAUGCUUGGGUCAGGGGGCAUGCCCUCAUCACAUUCGGCACUAGUGACAGCUCUUGCAGUUGCUAUUGGUUUACAAGAGGGAACUGGAACAUCGGCAUUUGCUAUCGCACUGGUUGUAGCAUGUGUUGUUAUGUACGAUGCUUCUGGUGUAAGACUUCAUGCAGGUCGUCAAGCUGAAUUACUAAACCAAAUUGUGUGCGAGUUACCUCCUGAACACCCUGUAUCAAAUGUGAGGCCUUUAAGGGAUAAGCUUGGUCAUACUCCUGUUCAGGUAGGUGCCGGUGCUGUGCUUGGAUGUAUAGUGGCAAUUGUCAUGCGAAGUUGGAGUUAAAAGGGAUUCAACAUAACCACUUGUGAUUGUCUGACCUUGAAAUUGAACAGUUAAUAGGUUAUUAAGAUUGUUGCACUCAUUUUUAUCCGUCGAAACGACUUUCAUCUCAGCAAGGUGGUGGUUGUAGUUCUUGAUGGGAAGUUUAGGAUGCUAGACUAUUUGUGAUGUCUAUAUGAAUUUGCCGAUUUAUCGCCUUCCAUGUCUUUCUUUCCUCUACUCUCUUAUACGACUUCAAACUGCCUUCCUUUAUUUGUGAUGCAAGAUCUUUGAGGACAAGAUUAUGUUUGUGUGCAGUGAUGAUAUAUUGAGUUAUUUUUCCAAUUGCAGCCA